AUGGUGAAUACAACCUUCUCUUUCAUAUCUAAAUCACCGCCACAUAGACUCGAUGAUACAGACUUGGAUAAGGCCGAGCUGAAUAACAUCGUUAAUUCUCUUGUCAAUGAAACGAUACUAGUAGAGUCAGCUAAGAAAACAUUUGGCUUAACAAAUAAGAGAUGCUAUGUAAAAAAUACAGACAACAAAUGGUUUAAUGCUGAUUGCAGAAAUGCACGUAAUGAUUUUCAUACAAAUAAAAAGAAGUAUAGAUCUGUUAAAUCUGACAGAAAUAUAAAUGAAAUGUUGAAGGCAAUUGGAAAGAAAGUUCUACAACUUAUAUUGAUCAUCUCAACACCUCAGUCCAAAUGGAAUCCAUCGUCACGAAGGAUUAUGACUGAAGAACAUUUUACACUUUCCGAAGCUGAGAAAGCCGAGCUGCUGAAUGCAGUAACGAGUGGAGGUGUCCCUGGGUUGAUUAAACACAUCCAGAUGAAAAACUGUGAAUGGAAAAAGAUCCCACUAAAUAUUGCAAUUACUGGCGCAUCCGGAGUUGGAAAGUCGAGUUUCAUUAAUGCCAUCCGUGGAUUAACGGCAGACGAUGAAGGCGGUGCUCAUGUCGAUGUUGUUGAAGCUACUAAAGAUGUUAAGCCGUACACUCAUCCCGAAAAUGAGAAUAUGGUGUUCUGGGACCUUCCAGGAGUUGGAACCCCAAAGUUUCCCAGAGAAAAAUACCUAAAAAUAAUGAAUUUUGAUAGCUUUGACUUCUUCCUCAUUCUAGCUGCAGGUCGAUUCAAAAAUAACGAUCUGUGAUUGGCAAAAGAAAUUACCGAACGUAAGAAAAUUUUUCACUUUGUUCGGACACAAUUAGACGUUGAAGUGUCAAAUGACAAGAAAGGACAUCCUAAGUCCCAUAAGAAAGACAAUGUCAUAGAGAAAGUUCGAGCCGACUGUCGGAACAUCCUAGACGAAAAUGGCUUUUCUGAAAUGUCGGUUUUUCUCAUCGACAGCUAUUGUCCUUUUGACUUUGAUUUUAAUUCAUUGACAACAACCCUGAUCGAUGAAACCCUUGAUCGUAAAAGGGAAGCCAUGGUAUUGUCCAUGUUUCUGAUUACAGAUGGAGUUUUAGAAAGA